GGUGGUGCAGUUGGUGGUGGUGAACGGUGGUGGUGGCGAGCCGAGCGAAAGGGAAAACGGUCCGGCGAACACUUUUUUUCUCCCCCAUUUAGAGCCAGGUUUUUUGACACGCCGGUCGGUUCGAUCGACUUCCACUUGUCUCCGAGCAUUCCGCCGACGAACGUCCCCAAACGCGAACGCGGUGACCGAACACCGAAUCCAUAUCGCGCGAAGAUGCCUGACGAUCAUUUUCACUUAACUUGAUCGAGUUGAUCAACAUAAAACACUCGAUUUUACGAAAACUUUCAAGUUCCAUAGACGAACGCGCGUGUAAUUGGAACCGAGUUUUUAAUCAGUUUCGAUAACUCGAUUGAACCGUGAGAUCAGUGAUAAGGGGUGCCUCUAAGCGUGUGGGAGGACCUGACGGGCCAGGUGAACUGAGAUGAGACAUUGGAUCGCGCUGGAGUAACAAGCUACAAGAAUGGCGGGGAGAUUUUCUGGAUACGUUGUAGCAUUGGUGGUGCUAUUAUUCGUCACAACCGAAGGCCUUCGUAGUACCCAGGUCGAUGAUCAUAGAGCCACGAGUCGUGGUACAUUAAGGUUCCAAACCACUUCCAAGUUACCAGAGGAAGCGACCACUUUACCAUCAAGAUCUCAAACGGCAAGAAGCAGGUCAUCUCAAUCGAAAGGAUCUCCGAGUUCGGACAGACGCAAGGAAACGAUCCUGCCAGAAUUAAAGUUUGACUCCGCGAGACAGUCGAGCAUAAAAACUACCAGAACCACUGAAGGAAAUAGCUUUUCUACGACGACCGAAACUCCAAUCGAUUCCAGAAGAAAUCCUUUGGGAAAAAAUAGGGAAGAGGUCAAGAGGGUAGAGCCAGUGAAUAGGAGAAACGGUAGGAGAUUCCCUUCCGAGAAUAAAGAAGAAUCGAAGUUGAACGAUGAUCAGAAGACGAAAGGGACUUCUCGAAGAACGUCUAGAUUGGGGGCUACUGAAAGAUUGGACAGUAGAGGACCGUCAGUGUUUCAAGCAACCACAGAGUCAUCGAGGUCCAGAACUGGAAGGAAAAUCCAAACAGCGUUCUCGAAGAAAGAUGCGAAGACGCAAAUAUCUUCUUCCAGAAGGUAUAGUAAUAAAAGUAAUAGAGGUAACAGAAAUAAUAGAUUCCUGGCUGAAAGUACUACGAUAUCACUUCGAAGAGGUAGAUCCACUACAGAGAAGAUUGAUAGAAGCACCAGGUCUGGUAGAUCGAAAACGAAUCCCAAGGAAAACGAUAUGGUAACCAUCAGAAAUUCGGAUGCGAUUUUAUCCGAAUCAGAGAGUGUCAGAAUUGAUAUUCCAUUGACAGUCAACAGAACAGAGAAUCCAAUCUUUGACACAACUACAAGUCCGACUUUAAUCUCUCAGAGAAGAUCGGACAACAAAGAAUCCCGAUCUAAUCCACGAACAUCGACUGAGAGAUCGAAAGCUCGAGGACGGUCGAACGAUGUCGAGACCCAUGGACCCAGAACCAAUCGAAGAGGAUCCUCCAAGUUUAAUGAUCGAACAACCACAGAAGCGGCUGAUCAAACGAGUACAAGAAGAACAGUUUCUCGUGAUCGUUCAAGAGGAUCGGAGACCAAAAAGAAUUCUAUAAUUGAGCCUCGGUCGAGAUCCAGGAGUAGGAAUUCUGAGAAUAGUGUAACGCCUACUUCGACGGAGCGAGAAGUGAAACGCAAAGUGUCUGGUGAUAGAAGAUCGCGGGUGCUUGACGUUACAUCGAGAUCUGUCGAAAAUCGUGUCCAGGAUACGCACGAUACGCGUCGAUCAAGAAGCAGACCAAAACCGGAUGUUAGCACCCCGUCAACUACUACUGAUGUUACAACUGUUGCGUCCGAUACAACAGUUUCCAGCUACGUAACAACAACAGCCAACUCCGAAAUCACUGGUACCACCAGUACAAGAUCAAAUACGUCGUCGACUACUCCAAGUCCACGAACAACAACGACGAGAUCGUCUUCAACCUCUACUUCGACAACCGAAGCUUCAGGAAGAGGUAGAGGAAGAGGCAAAGGGAGGAGACAACAGAAAGAGGACUUUUUUAAUCAGGGCCUGGGAUUUAGAGGUCGGAAGCCAGUUCCGGAAGGAUCGUUGAACACGACCGAGAUCAGAAGGACGGUUCCGUCGAGAAACGAAACUCAGAUCCCCGGAUAUGGCUGGACGCUCAGGAGGAGACCAGGGUACUUUAAUAACUCGGAGAACGCUUCGAGACAAGUUCUGCCUUCCGCGAGGGAUCAAACGAACGAGGUGAUUCCACCGAACGAGAUAUCCACUAGUACAGAAGUCGUAACGACGGUCGAAACUUCGACGAGGAGAGGUUUUAUGAAGGUCCAAACGACGGAUGAGAGUACUACGGUGGCUGGUGAGGCGACGACCAAGAGCAACAGGAGGGGUAACAACAAGGCUUUUGGAUUGGGCAAGACGACUGCUGAACUCGAAGAGAGUGAUAACUAUCCACCGGAAUUUAAGGCAAAAUUGUCUCAACUGCAGAACGUCAGCGUGAAACUAGCAGCCCCAAAAACCACUUCUAAGUCUCCAUUGGAGGUGAAAAGAUCGUCGGCCGCCGCGCUGUUCGCCGAACGAUCGAGGAUGAAGCUAGACCUGGCUAGGAGGUUAGUGAAGCCAGAGUUGAACAUCGAGGAGAAUGAUCUCGACGCAACCACGGCCUCCUCCUCUUUCAGCAAAACCGGCGACGAGUCUAAGACAGGACGCGCGGAAAUCCGGGAGGAAGAGGCGAAAACUGUUUCUUCCGGAUCGGGAAAAGACCUUGCAAGAAAAUUAAAGAAAGGGCGGAUCAUCGCGGAAAGAAUGGUCACUUCGAUUUCUGUCCAAGAGAGAUCCGCGAUAGAAGGAACUACCGAGCCGUAUCAAACUGUUUUAUCCAACAAUAACUCUUCCACGGAAGAAAGAUCGGUCAACACGUCCCGGAUCCAUUUGCUUAAUCGCGGUGGGAAUAAAUCAAAAGAGGAGCGCUCGAGCAAGGAUGGAAAAUCGAAUCGACGUCCCGAACACAAUGACCGCUUUACUACAUUUAAGCCGAAGAAAUCUCACACUUAUCAAUCCCGCAACAACAAAUACCAAGAAUCUAACGAACAGAAUUCGACGACAUCACCUAAGAAGUCUUACGUCUCGACGCAGGGGAGACCGCAAGCCUCGCAAGAAGAAGACGUUACCAAGAAACCGAAGUUUGGUAUCGGCAAGCCGACGUUCAGGCCUCGUUAUAGUAAACGAGCCAAACUGAAGUCUGAACAGAAGAGCGAGUACCUAUCUACGGUUACGACGGAAGUGCCGAUAUCAACCAGCAGAUACUCGCGGAAGAAAGCAGUGAAGGCAAUUGAUGAGAAGUUAAAAUCGAUCACAACGGAAGUACCGGCAUCUCAAACGAAAAAAUUGGAGUUCCGGCCAAGGACCUCGACUUACCGAAGACAUUCGGAAGUACCGACGACCUUGGUGCAAUCCACCCCCAAGAGUGCAGGGGUUGCUAUCACGCCUAGAUCGUCCAGACUCCAGAGUACCCCGGAGACCUCCAAAGAGAAACUAUCGGUAUCGCAGGAACCUCAGGUGAGCCUGACGAUCGCGAACCAGACGCAGGAAACGACGGGGAUUACUGGCAGCAGCAACGGAGACAGUGGUAACACGAAUAUCUUCAAUCCCACGAGGAGCACGGAGUUUCUAGUUGGGAACGACACGGUACUGGAGCAGCUGAGAAGCACCGUGGCUCCUUUGCUCAGCUCUCUUGGUAACAAGACUCCAGUGUUCUCCGGAUCGUACAGCAAUGUCAACACCGCGAAUUCACCACCCAGAAUCACCCCUAGUGGACAGCCACCCCGAUUUAGUGCAAGGUACAAAGGAGCCGAGCUGUUUAUCAGAAAACCGAAUAGCAUUUAUCAGCCCACUGUUCCAUCGAUCACCAGUUCGUCCACUACACCUGUCACUCCCGUAGAGAACUCCGGUUCGGCACCCCCAAUCGAUGUCUCGAGUCCCGGUGAGCCGCGAUUCCUGACGCUUUAUCACGCGUUGGAGUCGGCCAGCAUCAGGAACGAACAGUUACAGGCUGUGUUGGAAGCUGGUCGGGUUACCCAGGUAGACACUAACGAAACCGUGGCCGCUAACAAUGACACCGAUCUAGCGACCACCACCGGCCCACAGACCCCAAACGCCACCGCGAACACAACACCGGAUAGCACACAGACCCCCGAUGCGAUGGAGAACUCCACCCUCGUAACCACCGAAACCCCCACGACCACUGAAUCGGUUUCCACCAGCACCGAACUUUCCUCUACCUCUACCGAACGAGCCUCCACCAGCAGCGAGUCCACUACCGAACAAGUUUCCACGAGCACGGAUUCGAUCACCACAACUGAAACUAGUACAGAGUCGAGUACACGAGCCACGGACACGACUACAACCACUUCCGCGUCUUCCACAGACGCGACUACGAACAUUUCCGCGUCUUCCACAGACGCGACUACGAGCAUUUCCACGUCUUCCACAGAUGCGACUACAAGCACUUCCGCGUCUUCCACAGACGCACAGAUUUCCUCGUCUACUGAUAACGAUUCCAUGAUAAAUGUUCCUACUGAGGGGUCUAUAACUACCACGGAGUCUGAUACAAAUAUAAGUUCUACAGUAAAUCCUAACGAAAUGCAAAGUACGACGCAAAUUCAGUUUGACAUUAGGUUCGGAGAAACUUUACAAAAUUUGAUUGACGCUACUUCAGAAGCUAGUACAACCGAGACUGCCGAGAAUAAUACAAUACCGAUGUCCGAAACGACAACGGAAGCCUCGACGACUGAAGCUGAUUCGAGUAACAUGAUCGACGUAGGAACGAGCACUGCGAUGCCUGCGACCACGAUCCGAAACAGAUUGAUCGAUUUCGCUGAAGAUAUUCUGGCCCGGUUGCAAGCUAAUUUAAACAUGACCACCGCACCUGCUGAAGAUUCAACGACUGAGAUAUCGAACGCGAUACCGAGUUCCGAAAACCAGUCGCAAUUUAGAGACGGGAAGACGAUUGACCAAGAUGCUGAAACGACGCCCAGGAUCUUAAUAGGUUCAGUCCCUAUCACGACACCAACUACGGAAGCCAGCACUCAGGACGAUGUAAAUGCAUCCACUACGUCAACAACAUUAACAACCACAACACAAGACUCUCAGACAACAUCGAACACAGAUUCAAUUGUUAACAGUACCUCGCCCGACGUUGAAGUCACCACAACGUCAACGGUCACUGCUACCAACGAUACUUUACUGACAGAGUUAAUGUCGAUCGCCAAGACACUCCUUUCGGAAGAGAUUGACACCGAGCGAAUGCUGACCGAGCAAACUACGAACGCUACUAGACUAGAGAACUUGAUGGAGAACGAGAUAGAUCCGAAUUUGCCGAGCGACGCGUUAAGCACGACCCAAGCUUCGGAUGUGACGACAGAAAGCGUAGAUUUCUCAACUGUCACGGUUGAUCCCUCGCAAAACGAGGUAGACUCGGCGAACCUCACGACCACGACCACGUCGGACACCCUGACAGAUACACAGACCACCCCUCAGAAUAUCACAUCCGAUAACGAGAUAGAAAAUGUAGAAACAACUGAAGUUAACGUAGAAUCGACGACAGAAGCCGGGCCACAGGUCACCCCGUCGAACAGAGGAUCGUUUGACACUGGCAUUGACACCACGACUCAAUCACAGACAACCACACAAACUUCAGAAACGACAACCGCACCAUCGCCAACUACUAACACACUCGAUUUAACUUCUAAUUUAAUAACGACUUCUGAACAAGUAAAUAAUGUCACGGAAGCCGUUCCAUUAACGACUGUAACAGCACAGCUUGUGACAGACGCUAGCACUAAUCAACCAGAAACAACUACCACGAUCGAGACCAUCACUCCCAUUGUAAAUAGUACCACAACCCCUGAAACGAAUAUCGAAACCACGGUGACACCCACUACCGUAGAAUUGACUCCACGUUUCAAUAACUUGGAGAUUAAUCAAACGACAGAAUCCGUUUCGUCUACAACAGAAAUGUUUACCACAGAAAUUGAUAACGAAACGACAACCGUGACGCCGGACUCGAUGAAUGGAAUCACUACUAACCCGUUAACAACAAGUACCAUGGAAAUGACUAAUACACCCAGCGAAACGACAAUAGUCCCCCAAACGACUCCGUACCUCGAGAACGAAAUUCCAACUGUUGUUGCCCGUUUCCAGGAUUCGUCAUCAGCAACCGCCCAAGGGACGGCAGGUUCAGGAAUCGGCCAAACGACUGAGAUCUCCACUUCCACGAUCCCAGAUUCCUCCACAACUCCCUCAUUCACUACGCUACCUUCAUCCACUACGACGACCACAUCAUCUUCGGUCGAGACGACGACAGCGACGACGACGACUGAGACGACGACGACGACGUCGACUGCUAUAGGACGCGUUCCUCAAACGACGACACCUGCGAGCAACGAUACUCAAGAGAAUUUAACGUCGACUCAAGCUGGGACAACGAUAGAAACGAGCACAAUGGGUGGCAUGAACAAUUUCAGUGAAACAACCACACCGUCGACUGUCCCGAGUCGCACGACGCCGUAUCUGGGCAGAUUCGGUGGCAGCCGAUUGACGCCUGCUCCGCGUUUCAGCCUGAGCUCGACCACCAGAGCUCCGUUGAGGGACUAUCUGGUUUAUGGGAUAUAUCCUAAUAAAACCAUCGUGAGGAAGCGGCCAGAGGACAACCUCAUCGACGCUAGGAACGUGGACAGCCCGUACGUGAUAUUCGGUAUCUUCCCGGACGGCAGGCUGAUCCGGAAAUUCCCAAACGGAACGAUAAUACCGGAUCCACCUAGGAACCCGGUCGAGGUUGUGUUCUCACUUAGCACUACCACUACCACUAACCGGCCACCACCCAGACCGUAUUAUAACCAGGCUAACCAAGGCGCUUACGAUUAUCGUGGCCCGGUGUACAGUAAUAUCGCUGCGCCGAUGAGAAACCCCGGCACCGUUGAUCUUGGCCUUACUGGUAACGCGAUCGUCGGCCCCAAUGGAGGUGGACCCGAUAAUACGGGACCACUUGGUACCCCUGCUAGCGCCCCGAGCACCGACGAAAUGAGUAAUGGCCAGCCGAGUGCGCAAACGGGGACAGUAAGUACCGGUCGACCGUCGACCGCUUUGCAGGGCGGUCGUAUCGUCGAGGAUCGGGAGAGGGACGAGGCCACCAGGACGAAGGAGGCCGGAGGUCAACGCAGCUCCGUGUACAUCGGACAGGACAAGUUCGUCAAUUAUUGGACCGGCGGAGCUUCCUCCACCCCACGUGCGCUCAGCGUCAAUAUUAAUUCAGUAGCUAGUGGAGCGAGCGAGGGUCCAUCGCCAUCCGUUCCGUCAUUUGAAAAUCUUUUGAACGGCCAGUCCGGAGGUCAAAUCACAGCCCCUCCUGGUUUCCCAUGGAGAGAUCCAUUGGAUCAAAUCUUUGGCAUCACUACUCCAUCGUCGAUAAUCACGGCUUCGGUGGCAGCGAAUACUCUGGAUGAUUCCUCUGAUCUGAGUGGACAAUCCGUGCCACGGCCGAUCAACCCGUUCGUCGAAGUUUUCACGCCAUUUUCCAGCUCUCUCGAUGUUCCAAGGGCAAAUAUAGGUUCCAUUCCUCCAUCAUCAUCAACUACACCUAUUGCAUCAACGUCCACUUCCACAUCUACUACCACGAUGGCACCAACAACGUCUACUACUCAAACAACGACAACAACCACCACGACUACGAUGGCUCCUACGACGACGACGACGACUACAACUACGAUGGCUCCGACGACGACGACGACGACUACAACUACGAUGGCCCCGACGACCACCACAACUACGAUGGCUCCAACAUCUAUAACUGGCCAAACAGCGAAUUUUGUCACGCAAACAACUCCGUCUUUUCCAUCAACCACAGCUUCUAUUCCUCGAACAACUCCGUUGAACAUACCGAACAAUUUGUUGAAUGCACAGCAACAGAAUGCUUUUGGUAGCACAUUCGACGACCUGGUCUUCCUGAAUUCACUGUUACAAGGUAAUACACGGAGUACCACGCAGAAAACACUCACGCAAGUGGAACAGCUCUUGGCAAAUAGGAUUUUAUCAUUGGCACUCGAAAACCCUGGGCCAACUCGGGCUCCAAAGGCUAUAAACAUCGAAAACCCAUCUGCGAAUUCAGUUUUCCAAUCUGCGACGAAGUCUCCCUCGACUCCUUUAGUGAUCGAUUUAUCUCCAUCGUCUACUGCCUCAACACCUACUCGGAAGCCAACAGAGUCACAGCAGCCGGCUAGUCAAAAGCCACAAGUGACUUGGAAACCAGUUACAACCACGACUAGUAAAAGGGGUUUAGAAGUCAGCACAGUUACUGCAUCGACUUUACCUAAAACGACUUUGAUAAGCACUACCAAAAGCCCAGUGACCGUGGCAAGCAAACCAGUAACAACUACUCCACGACCCAGAACCACCACCCAACCUCCAUUAAGUUUCGCUGGUCUUUUAUGGAAUACGCUACUUGGUGGAGGUUUGUUUGGACCAUCCACGACUCCGAGGCCCAUUAAAACCAAGCCAGUGAAGACCACUCAGAAAUCAGUGGACAUUACACCAAAACCGAUUCCUACUACGCAAAAGACGACGACGUCGACCACAACGACCACGACCACCACGACCACCACGACGCCGUCUACUACGACUCUGAAGCUUGUAGAUGUAUCGAAAAUUUAUGUCAGCACGCCAAAUUCUAUCUCGAAUAAUGAGAAAUCUGUGACUACGCCGAGUUCGAUAUCGACUACCAAGCAAUUGCUGUUGAAUAACGCAAAUCCGAGGUUGCCUAAUGUUGUGACCUCUACUUAUUCCCCCGAAGAUGAUGCCAAGUUCUUGAUCGAACUCCUACGUGCUGUUCAACAAGAGAGUAAGGAUGGCUCGAAGAAGACUUCGGAAUUAACGCAGCACGACGAAAACUUUUUUAGGGCGAUCUUAAGCGGACGAGCUCCGACAACUACAGCUCCUCCGGCACCUGAAAUCAACGAUGCUGCUUUAUUGGCAGCGUUAUUGAAAGCCAGAGGAAUAGAACCGUCGACUCCGGCUACUAACAUCAGGGAACAAUUGCAAUCAGCGAGCCACGGGCAGAGCGUCACCUCUGCUCCGGGCAGCGAGCCCGCGACAAUUACGACAAGGCCGGCAGCGGCGUCGAUCGGGACCAGUACCAUGAAAAAGAGCGCGACACCGAGACCAACCUCAGGACCAAGGGUACGCACCACGACGUGGUCGCCGAGCUCCACGUACCCGCCUCCUCUGUUCGGCUCGUUCGCCAAUUACGGUACACAGUUGACCGCCGCCGGUGGCAACAAUCCUGGAAAUAACGCGUUGUUCGGCGCUACCAGAGCUUUCAGUCAGUUUCUCGGCGCAGCAUUAAGCGGAGCGGCGCAGCAGCUGCAGUCGUUAGUCAGAAACGGGUCUCGAAUCAUGUCAGAAGUGGUUGGGUAAAAUUGAACAGGAAGAAGAGAAGUUAGGGAUAUUUUCAGACGCGAGAAUUCGUGAAGUGUAAGUAUGAUAAACUACAUUUCGUUCUCAAAGGACUCUGCGGUACCUCAGAUAAGUACUCACAUACGAAUUUACUCAGAAAUGAGAUUUCUCGGUUUAACUACUUGCUCGAUGUCUGAGGGGGUCGGAUUCGAAUUUUUUUUAAUGCAUAAACUGUAGUGUUAUGUGUAAUACCAGUUGUUGGGUGAUUAUGUAUUUUAUUUCAAUCAAUCUAGAUUAAUGACGUGCGUGUUUUAUACGAGACAAGACUUUGAUGCUUAAAAC